GGUUCCAAAUGCAUCCAGUGUCAUUGCAACGCAUAAUGCAUUCGAGUCUUAUAUUCCGGCUGCAGUGUGACUUGAAAUCGCUGCAAGUCGUCGAUUUCCACCCGAAUCGAAGACUUGCAAACAAAUCUGCCAAAACAUCCAUGUCCUCUUACGACUUUGCUGGAGGCUCCCUCAAAUUGAAGGGGACCUCUGGAGGAAUAAAAAAAAAGAAAAAGUCGAAAAACGACUCGAAAAAGCUCGCGAAUGCAGUGAUCGCUUCAGGGCAUGAUGCAACAAAGAAUGAUGUCGUUGAUGAGACGCAAACUGUAAAAGAAAAGGAACCCCACAUAUAUCGGAAAAAGACAGAAGCAGAGUUGAAGUUUGAAGAAAUACAAAGGAAAAGACAAGCGGACAGAAUAUCAAAGAUUGCCUCUCAAUCUCAUAAGGAGCGGGUAGCGGAGUUCAAUAAAUAUUUAGAGAACCUCUCCGAGCAUUACGAUAUCCCUAAAGUUGGACCGGGAUAAGCCCAUUGUCCAUCUGUACCUGUCGUUCGUGUGUACCAUGAAAUGAUGAAUGUAAAUAAAAGGUGUAAAUAUAAUAUCUGCCCACACAGUGUCGUAUUAAACAGCGAUUGCUGGUAAUAAAUUACUACAAAGUAAC